AUGCCGGGGCUCACGGGCGUCGCUUACUCCCUCUUCGCCGGGCCGCUCAUGGAGGCCGCAGGACCCCGACGCCUGCUCCUCUGCAUCCUUCUGCCGGCGUCCUUGGUCUGGCUCCUGCAGGCUUUCUCGCCUUACCUCAGCGUCUUCUACCUGUGCCGCGCCUUCUCCUCGCUCGUGUACAGCUUCCUCGCGCCUCUCCCGCCCGUCCUGCUGGCGGAGCUGAUCCAUCCCCGACUGCGCGGCGUGAUGCUCAACAUGGAGCUGAACUUCGCCCUGGGUCAGAUGAUGGUGUACGCGAUGGCUUACUUCUUGCCCUGGCACGUCGCGACGGCUCUGUGCUCGGCGCCGGUCUGCCUGGCUUUUCUGCUGACCUUUCUCGUUCCUGAGUCUCCCUACUGGCUGAGUCGCCAAAAUCAAAAGGACAAAGCACUGAAAUCUCUGAAGAAAUUACGUGGUCCUUCAGCAAACGUGAGCAUUGAAUUUGAUGAAAUUAUUUCGAAAAUGAAGGAACGACAACAGAAAACUGUAAAGGAUCAGAUCGCACAGCUUGCUGUUCCUCAACACUACCGGCCUAUUCUUCUCGUGACGGCGCUAUUCGUCAUGCGUGAGCUCGGAGGCCAGUAUGUGAUCUUCUCUUACAACGUGUACCUCUUCAAGAAAGCCGGCGCCUCCCUCGACGCGGUCGCUUGCACUGUCCUCAUGGGCACCGCCAGGUUGUUCUUUACAGGACUUGCGUCCGCGUGCGUGGACCGCGUCGGGCGGCGGCCUCUCAUGAUCGCCUCGUCCCUGGUGGGCGGCGCCGCAGAGGCAGUCGGCGCCCUGUUCCUGCUGGUGGACAUUCCGGGAUUAUCCUGGAUACCCAUGGCAGCCGUGCUGGUCUACGCCGCAGCGUACGGCCUUGGCAUGGGCCCGGUUACCUGGGCGCUGAUGGGCGAGGUGAUUCCGACGCCCGUGCGCACCCUGGGCAGCGCCAUCUGUAGCUUCUGGUUUUCAGUAGCCUUGUUUGGCAUGAGCUUCGCCUUUCCAUAUCUCCUGGACUCCGCUGGUCUGGGCGUAACGCUGCUGCUCUUCGCCCUCGCCAAUGUCUCCAUGGCGCUGGUCGUGUGGGCCUUCUUGCCCGAGACUCGAGGGCGCUCGCUCACCGACCUUCAGGAUACCUUCAAAUCCCGAACAGAAAAAGAUUUCAGUCUGAAUCAAGAGGUUCGGCUCUAG